AUGGAGUCGCGAACGCUGCCUUACCUGCUGCCUCUUGGAUUGUUAGACGACGCCGAACUUUCUCCUGACUCGAGCGCCAUGACAAGACUUACGCCUGGCUCGGACUCGGACUCGGUCUCGGACUCGGAUCUGGACAUGGGGAAGGACAUGGGCGAGCUGGGCGUGCUGGGCGAAAGCUUCAAGCUACAGCAACGAGGACGGGAUGCGGAGAAAUUGGAAGCCGGGAUAGAGGAGGAGGAGGAGGAGGAGGAGGAGGAAGAGGAGGAAGGGGAGGAAGAGAAUGAGGAUGAAGAACACCCCAUACGCGACAGGCGCCGAGCCAGCGUUUCCACGACCCAGUCUUACCAACUCUAUGCCCCGGACGAGGAGCGGGCCGUGGUGCGGAAGCUCGAUCGCAAGCUGGUCACAUUCGUCACCUUGCUGUACAUGCUGGGCUUCCUGGACCGGUGUAAUAUUGGCAAUGCCAAGAUUGCUGGCCUGGACCUGGAUCUCGACCUGGACUCUGCGAGAUAUGAAUGGGUCAUUACGGCUUUCUAUAUCGCCUACAUCUGCUUCGAGUGGAUGAGCAUGCUGUGGAAGAUUGUACCGGCGCACAUCUACGUGACGUGCAUCGUGCUGAGCUGGGGGGUUGUGGCUUCGCUGCAGGCGGUUGCGACCUCGUUCGCUGGACUGCUGGUGUUGAGGGCGCUGUUGGGGAUUGGCGAGGCCGGUUUCACGGGCAUACCGUUUUAUCUGUCUUUCUUCUUCCGGCGGGAAGAGUUGGCUCUGAGGACUGGCUUCUUCAUAUCCGCGGCACCGCUGGCGACAUCUUUCGCAAGCACUCUGGCGUGGGCGAUCAUCAAAAUCGGGAAGAAUGGACCCAUCGCUCCUUGGCGGCUACUUUUCCUCCUCGAAGGCUUUCCCAGUGUCUUGGUCGCGGCCAUAGCCUGGCACAGGAUCCCCGACAGCCCCAGCAGCGCAUAUUUCUUCACGACGCGGGAGAAGAAAGUCGCGCGUCUCCGCCUUCGAAGAGAUAGAGACGCCAAUUCUCCUCUGGGCAAAGCCGGUCUCAACGUCCGCGAGAUGCUUUCCGUAAUGGCGGACCCCAAAUCCUACCUAACGGCUUUCAUGUUCUUCUUCACCAACAUGGCGUUCUCCUCCAUGCCCGUCUUCCUCCCAACCAUCAUCCACGAAAUGGGCCACACAGUCCUCGUGUCGCAAGCCCUGUCCGCUCCCCCGUACCUGAUGUCCUUCUUGGUUGUGAUCCUGACAGCCUACCUCUCCGAUCGCUUACGGAACAGGAGCUACUUUGUGAUCUUCCACGCCCUCCUCUCGGCGUCUGGGUACAUCUUGAUGGCCGUCGCCUCUCACUACGGCCUAGGAGCGUGGUGGCGGUACGCCGCCAUCUACCCAGCGACGAUUGGCUUCUUCAACGUCAUCACCAUCGUCAUCACCUGGACGAUCAACAACCAGGAAUCGGAAUCCAAACAGGGCACCGGCUACGCCAUGCUGCAAAUCAUUGGCCAGUGCGGGCCCCUCGUCGGCACGCGCAUCUACCCGGAAGAAGACGCGCCGCUCUACAUCAAGGGGAUGUCGAUGUGCGCUGGCGCCAUGCUCAUCGUUGCUCUCCUGAGCACGGUCUUGAGGCUCUACCUGCGAAGGCUGAAUGUGAAGAGUGGUGAGGCUACGCACGAGUACGGGCGGCUGGUUGACCGGGAAGCUGGCGAGCUGGAGCUCGUCGUCGGUAAGUCGAUGCCGUCGGGGAGGAAGCGGAAUCCGUCGUUUGAGUAUAUGUUGUGA